UGAUUCAGUCUUUUCUCAGCUUCACUUUAAGCGGGAAGACAUCCGCGAGCAGGAAUUCGUCUGCAUACCCCCCUACCAGUAUCUGUUGGCUGGGCUACCCGUCCAGACGCACAUCGUGUCCGGCCACUCUCUCAUGGGAAUUCGGACGACAUGUUAACCCAAGUGGUUCUCCUUCCCACAUCACCCCCGAGCCUUGGCCUACUGCCCAUUAUCCUCCCAGUGUGACAAUUGAGUCCUUGGGCGAUCUUCCCAGGAUUCUCCCGCACGGCUUGUUCUCUGAGGAUUUUCUUCUUCUACUUUAGGUUGUCGAAUUAGGUAAAUCCGUACCUAGGAGCCAGGUAGGGCUUCCGUACCUACUUCUACCCACCCAAAUCGGCGUAGGUGAAGGGUGAGAGAAGCUGGACCAACCCCUGAUGCACACCACGACACGGCCGUUUACGAUGGAGCCCCCAACGAUACUUGCCAGAAUUGGCGAGACCAACUUCAACCCAAAACAUGCCGUUGCCUGGAUUGAGGAGCAGCCGGAGGCAUUGCAACUAUGGCAACUUGUCUUCCAAGGACUUCUCUCGUGUGCGGAGAAACCGAAGCAAUCGUCUGGGAAUGCCUGUGUGAAAUUACACGGGUUUGUUGAGCAAUGCUCCAAAUCUACCCACUCCUCACUGCGCAACUUUGCUUUCGCGGAGAGCACUGCCCUGAGGCUUUUCGAUUUUUUCAUGGAGUGGAACGAGCAGGAUUCUCACCGGUCUAUGCGGCUCGUCCUCGAUUUCCUUGCACAUUCUAUAUCCAAAAACCCCGUGCCAGAGGUCGGAGACUCCAUCAAGGAGGUCGUGCUGAACAUCGCCGUAUCUGCCAUCACCCAGCAGACCUCGCGGCCGUCGGUGAAAUCUGCCAUGGCUGCUUUAGACUUUGUCAUCCAGAAGAGAUUAGUAUACGUGUGCAGAGUCUUAGACGUCUACCAACAAGUUCACGGCCUGUCCUCGGAUGUCGAGGCGCUCUGGGACCCCGUUAUCUCUAAGAUUUUCGCUUGGAUGGAGCUGCACCCCGUAUGUCCUAUAGCCGGGAAACUUCUCGUUACCGUCUUCACCAGCCCUUGGUAUGAAGGUAGUGAUGCGAGGCAUCAACCAGAUGCUUGGCACGAAUUUAUAUACAAGGGUUUGCGGAUGAAUACCGAGUAUCUCGAGCCUAUUAAACUAUAUGUAUUCAUCCCAUUAUUCAAGGCUGAUCGGGUGGGCUCGCUAGUAUAUCUUAAUCACCUGUAUUCGCUUCAAAGACUCACCACAAAAAGCAGCGAGAGCUGGGACCCCAAUUCGAUGCUCUGGCUUGCUAUGCUGGAAGCAGGGAAGAAGGCUGGCGUGGUCAAUGAGCCGGGCGGUGGAUCCGAGCACAACGGCGAUAAAGCGGCUACGCAACUACGAGUAGAUGUACUCGAAAGCGUUCUGUGCCAUGACUCCCACGAGGCCCGGUCUUCGGCUGUCUCUAUUCUUAUCGCGUCGCCGUCGACUACAAAACCGUACACGGCAGAGGCCUUGGGCCUUCUCAAGCGGCAUCUACCAUCCUUCCACGAGGACUCCAACCCCAAAUUUCGUUACGACGUCCUAGGACAUUCGAGAAAUAUGAUAAAGCGUAUUCAGAAUACCAUUGAGUCUCUACGACGAGAAGAUGACCGGGUUUCGAGGCAAGCUAACAAAACAAGACCAACUAGCGAUGUGCUUACGCAUAUAGAAGAAGACUUGAAAGGUCAGCUUGGUGGAUUUGCUGCACGUCAAAAUCCUGCCACCACGCAGUUACGUGCUACGCUACGCCAGCAUGAGGAUUUCGCGUCCUGGUAUGUUGGCUUCCUUCAAGGAGAGCUUGCCCCCACCGUAUCCUACCAGCGCCAUAUUACUGCAUUAAAGGUUAUGGGGCUUAUUAUCAAGUCGGCACCGGUUCAGACAGAUAAGACGCCAGACACCUUUGGGCUUAGACAUCUACUCAUCGACUCAACGUGGUUCCGAUCUGUCUUAGAUCUCAUUAUGGACCCGUACGACGACGUGAGGGAAGCUGCAGGCUCGUUAGCGAUGUCACUUUCUUUGGAAAAUGGUACCGCGAGACUACAGAAACAGGUAUAUACAAUGGGAAAGGCUCCGAUAGAAGUACUUCGAAGCUUUUGCCACAGGGCGGAUGAGCUUGCUCGGAGGACCGCUCGUGCCGAUCACUCGGAUGGUGUCGCCCGAUCGUUUGAGCUCUUGUAUCGCUGGGAUGCCGAUGGAGAAGGCAGGAUGCGAAUCCCCUUUGGUGUGCUAUCGAGCCUCGAAACCAAGCUCUCCGCAGCCGAGCGAGAUCUAGCUACCGCGGUGCUCCAGGCCCCAGUUCACGGCAGUUUUGCAUCCCUUCGCUACUUAUGGGGUUCUCUCUCUAAUACCAAGUACUCCGAGGUAGAUCUUCGAGCCAUGAUCGAAUUACAAGAUCGCACCAUUGCCUGCUGCCAGAGAAUAUGGCAAGCAGUGCGGCAUGUAUUAUGUGAUGACUCCCCAGAGGGCCACCUACCCGAAGAACUAGAAGAAGUCGACGGGCUCGACACGAAAGACUUGCUUAGCUAUAGCUUUCGGGCGAUUCACGAGUCUAGCAAUCUGAUGCGUGUUAUCGCGAGUAACGCUCACCAAGACCGAGGGCCGGGGUUUUUAGCUCCUUCGAGACCGAAUUUUGAGGCAAUUGGACGGUUGACAUUCGAGGAACUGUCAACUCUGCGACACCGGGGAGCUUUUACAACCGUAUCCCAGACAUUCGCUAGUUGUUGUCAGCUUGUAAAAUACUUCCCGGCACAACUUGACGAAUCUGGCGAUACUUCUAGUUUGCUGGAGGAAUGGUACGAGGGGGCUCUUUCUUGCAUUCAUACCCAGGUAUCGACGACUCGAAGGUCAGCAGGUAUCCCAGCCCUGAUUGUGGGAAUACUUUCUUCGAAUGCAGAUCGUCCAUCUUUCCCAGAAGUUAUUCGCAAGCUACAAGACAUCGGUUGCCGACCGGCGCUCGCGUCUGAAACCGACGGGUCAAAUUUGCCCCAGGUACAUGCUCUAAAUAGCAUCAAAGAUAUCUUCAAGAGCUCUCAUCUUAGCAAGACCGCGGAACCCUACCUCGCCGACUGUCUACAAUUGGCGGCAAAUAGUCUUAAAUCUGAGAUAUGGGCAAUUCGAAACUGCGGUCUUCUGCUCCUGAGAAGUCUCAUCGAUUGCCUCUUCGGUACGAGCGAGAGCAAAACGUCGAUCGAAGCCGGAUGGGACGGGCGCUCUACCAAGAUAUCUUAUUCCAAGUUCAGGGCCCUCCCUGCCCUUCUUGUUAACCUCCUGGAGAUAGGUUGGCAGCCUACGGGAGUCCUGAUAGGAUCGCAGACGGCGGAGUCCGUCUUUCCUGCGCUGGACAUCAUCCGGCGCGCUGGCCCGCCGGAGGAAUCCCGUGACGGACUCUACGACAUGAUCGCACGAUACUUGGGGAGCCACAUCUGGCACGUACGAGAAAUCGCUGCUCGCACAUUGUGCUCGUUUCUUCUCAAAUCGGGUUGGGUCGGUUCGGCGGCAGAGCUCCUGAAAAGCUCUGGUAGUUCGGCAAACAAACUACAUGGAGCGCUCUUGACACUGAAGUUUUUGCUCGAGAGGCUCGCCGAAGUGAUGCCUGAUCAACUUUCCGAUCACGAGGUUCAUUCGGUGCUCGAUUUGCUUGCGGAACUGCCUGCAACGAGCAGCUGCAUCAGCACAUGCGCAGACGCGAGAUCGGUUUACAUUGAAAUCGUCUGUUUUCUAGCCAGACUGAACGGGACCAAAGUUAAGCUCGGAAAGAGCCCUAUUAUCGACCCUUUCGGACAUCUACCAUCCUGGGCACUCGAGCCUAGCGAUACUUCUGGCCAGAUACCAUCUACAUCCGCAUUGCUAGAUGCUCGGCUUGGAGAAGCAGCCGUCCUCCGCGCAUUGCAAUCGGGCAGAGCAGCGGGGAACGUGCUGAAGCAGACUCUGACGACGGCUCUGAACAGUGAUGUUAACGUUGCUUGCUCUAUCCUGGAGAGUAUGUCGGCCGCUGGCGAGUUGGAGUCAGACGAGUCUAGGGGUAAUCUCGUCGAGGCGUACAUGCACGUCUGCUUCGAGACCGACGCCCCCGAGCCGCGGGCGCUCGCCCUAGAGAAUCUAGCAGCGCUCCUAGAUACUCUCCUAAGCUCGGGUGGGAGCCGCGACUACAUCCCCACCGACGACGCCGUGACGCGUCUCUGGGCGAGCCUCCGCGACAAACCUAUGAACCCGAGCCUGUCAGACGCCAUCAUCCGGGUGAGCGGGCCGCUACUGGCGAUCGUCGUCUCGCGAUCCGGGGGCGUGGUCGGCGACGGUCUCGAGCACUGGCUGCGGUCGUGGGGCGCGAUGAUGAGCGAUGCCGGGACGGCCGACCAGGUGAGCACCCCAAAGCAGACGCCAGUGCGUGGGGCGUGGUACUGACAAGUCGCGACUCGCCGGUCUAGACCUUCGACACGCGCAUAGCUGCCGCCGACGCCAUGGCCUCGUUCACGGCCAGCGCCGCGCCGGGCCUAGCCGCCGGAGAGAACCAGGCGCAGCAGCACCCGGCGCACAUCCCCUGGCUCCUGGCGCUGUACGAUGCCCUCAACGACGACGACGACGAGGUACGCGCCGCGGCCGCCGCGGCCGCCGGCCCCGUCCUCGCGAACCGGCGCCUCGUCUCGGUCGAGGCCGCGCCGCUCCUGCUGCAGUGGCUCGUGUCGCGCUACGGCUCCCC